AUGAGCGCUGCACCGAGCGGGCGCAGGAAGCGCCCCCGCUCCGCCGCUUCCAUCUUCCAGGGCAGCAGGACCUCGCCGCACGGCCGCGACAGCGAACGCCGGGGCAGCGGCUCCGAUAGCGCCUACCAGAUCCAGAGAACCCUGGACGACUGUAAGAUGCUUGUCCAGGAGUUCAAUACCCAGGUGGCUCUCUAUCGGGAGCUGGUCAUUUCUAUUGGGGAUGUCUCAGUCACCUGUCCUUCUCUGCAUGCAGAAUUGCACAAAACUCGAACCCGAGGAUGUGAGAUGGCCUAUCAGGCUCAUCAAAAACUAGCAGCAAUUUCUGGCCCGGAAGAUGGUGAAAUCCAUCCUGAAAUCUGUAGACUAUAUAUCCAGUUACAGUGUUGCUUAGAAAUGUACACAACAGAAAUGCUAAAGUCCAUAUGUCUGCUAGGAUCGCUGCAGUUUCAUCGGAAAGGAAAAGAACCUUGUGGCCCACCCAAGAUCUUAGAUACUAAAGUGGAGGAGAGUUCUGAAGUACCUAUUUUAGAAGACACAUCAUUAUCACCAACAGAUAUUCAACAGCAUCUAUGGCAGGUUUCCACAGAUAUUGAAAACACUGAAGGAGAUAUGAGAGAAAUGAAAAACCUUUUAAGUAAACUCAGGGAGACUAUGCCUUUACCAUUGAAAAAUCAAGAUGAUAGCAGCCUCCUAAACUUGACUCCCUAUCCACUGGUAAGAAGACGGAAGCGAAGAUUCUUUGGAUUGUGUUGUCUUGUCUCAAGUUAGAAGAUUAGGCACAGAAGCACCAUGGAAACCAUGACUUUGAUUAAACCACUAUUAUUUGACCACUGAAAAGAUGAAAGCGGCUAAUCUUGAUUAUAAAUUAUAUUUUCUACACUAGGCUAUUCAUUUUUGUCUUCUGCCCCAUCCCCCUUUUCAAAUAAGAGUUUUAAUACUUUCAAAUUAUGGUGGUCAAAAAAUGGCUGUGGAAUAGAUCUAGCAUAUUUAAAACUUUUUAAAGUAUGUUUUGCAUGCUUACUUUCAAUCACUCAAAGAAGACACAUGAAUUAUGAUUCAUAUAUAAUUUUAGAGGAUUUUUUUAAUUGUUUGAGCUGCAGCUAAAAGUUUGUGUGUAGUACAGUACUCUUACUAGUAUCAUAUUAAAAUCAUACUAUAACAGUCUUUAAGCAUAGCAGAACAUUUGAUCAUUCUCUCACAGUCUUUAAGCAUAGGAAACUAUUUAAGAGCAAAACUAUUAAAGUUCUAAGACAUUCAAACAGUAUUGUAACAGAAUUUGUACAAAAUCUCCAGUUGCUUUUUUUGUGCUCUCAUUCAUAUUUUGUCUUCCACUGUAUCUCAACUUCAAAGCUUUAUAGAAAAAUAUCUUAAUUUAUGAUAAAAAAAUCAUAUAUGAAAAUAGAUAGGACUUGUAAAUACAGAGAAAUCAUAAUAUCUAUAAACUGUACAAUGCUUAGAAGCAACAAAUUCCAUUUUCAGGCAAUAGUAUAUCUACAAGCUUUUGAAAAAAAUAAAUAAUUUAUUGAAGGAAGGUGUAUUAAAAUAAACAAUGUAAAACACAACGCCAACCCAUUUUGUUGCCAGUAGAAUUCAAAGCAUGGUGUCUGCAUAUCAAGUAUUGAUCUUAUAAGGCAUGCCAAAAUUAUCUCAGACUGUAAGAUACUAAACGUUUUACAUUGUUAAUAAAGUUUUUUAUUUAAAUUAAA